GGCGUCGGAGCGGCGCAAGAUGGCGGACCUCUCCCUGGACGAGCUCAUCCGGAAGCGCGGGACGGCGACCAAGGGGCGGCUGAAUGCCAGGCCAGGGGUUGGAGGUAUCCGGGCUCGAGUUGGGAUCCAGCAGAGCCUUCUCAGCCCACCAGCACGCACGGCUGCCUUCCAGCAGAGGUUUGACGCUCGGCAGAAGAUUGGCAUCUCUGAUGCCCGACUCAAGCUGGGGGUCAAGGAUGCCCGAGAGAAGCUGCUGCAGAAAGAUGCCCGGUUUCGAAUCAAAGGGCAAGUGCAGGAUGCCCGGGAGAUGCUCAACUCGCGCAAGCAGCAGAGUGCGGUGCCCCAGAAGCCCCGGCAGGUGGCUGAUGCCCGGGAGAAGAUCAGCCUGAAGAGGAGCUCGCCUGCAGCCUUCAUGAGCCCGCCGGUCGGGAUGGUGACGCCGGCGUUGAAGCUCACCAAGACCAUUCAGGUCCCACAGCAGAAGGCCAUGGUGCCACUUCACGCUAAUCCUGCUGGAAUGAGAAUCAACGUGGUCAAUAACCACCAGCCCAAACAGAACUUGUAUGACCUGGAUGAAGAUGACGACGCUCUGACUCCUCUCCCUGCUAAACAGAUGAAGUUUACAGCCUCUGGCAGCUUUCUCCAUGGCGCGACUGGGCUGAACAGUUCCAAGCUGUCCGUGUCCAAGCCCCUCCCUCUCACCAAGGUGGUGCAGAAUGACGCUUACACAGCCCCUGCACUCGCCUCCUCGGUGCGAACAAAGGCUUUGACCAACAUGUCCCGCACGCUGGUGAACAAGGAGGAGUCCCCCAAAGAGCUGCCGCCAGCGGAGCCCGUGCUCAGCCCUCUGGAAGGCACCAAGAUGACCGUCAAUAACCUGCACCCACGUGUCACGGAGGAGGACAUCGUGGAGCUUUUCUGUGUGUGCGGCGCGCUCAAGCGGGCUCGGCUGGUCCACCCCGGGGUGGCGGAGGUGGUCUUCGUGAAGAAGGACGACGCAGUCACCGCAUACAAGAAGUACAACAACCGCUGUCUGGACGGGCAGCCAAUGAAGUGCAACCUUCACCUGAAUGGGAACGUUAUCACGUCGGACCAGCCCAUCCUGCUGCGGCUGAGUGACAGCCCUGCCGUGAAAAGAGACAGCGAGUUGCCUCGAAGGGUGAACUCCGCUUCCUCCUCCAACCCUCCGGCUGAAGUGGACCCAGACACCAUCCUGAAGGCGCUCUUUAAGUCCUCCGGGGCUUCCGUCACCACGCAGCCUACAGAAUUCAAGAUCAAGCUCUGAGCGGGGCAGAGGCGUUGUCCUGUCUCCACGGGCAGAGCUCGAGACCAAUGGGCCCUUGGACUGCAGCCUCCCAGGCGGGGCAGGCCGCCAGGGUGGAGCUUGCCCACUGGACGGGUCCUUCUGUGUGUCACUCGUCCUGUACUGUAGUGUUUGUCUCCUCCCACCUCACCACCAAGGUAGGCUUGGGUUUCUCCAGGCGUGCCUGCCCUCCCUUCAGCUCCAGGUGGAUUUCUUAGCUGGAAUUGGUGUGUGGUCCACCGGCUCAGACUUGGGAUGCUGAGGGCCACGGUCUUGCCCGGGCCACAGGUUAUCUUCCCUUUUGUGUUUAAGUUUUCAAACAAAAGCCGUGAACAGGAUCCCUUCCUGUUCUGAUGGGGACCUUGCCUCAGCCUGUUUCGUUGCUGGAGAUGGCAUGGUUGGCAGCGGGGCAGGGCCUCUUGUCCCCCUCCUAGCAGGAAUGACUUCAGGCCUGAUUGGUGGUCUGCAAGGGUGGACUGAGGCUUCUGCCCUGCCAGGAAGGUGCACCCCACUUCUGGGCAUGGAGGCCAGAGCCGCUUAAGGCAACCUGGAAUAGAAUCGUGCUGUGUGCCCAGUGUGCAGCCCCGGCCUUUUGGCCUCGUAGGUGACACUGCAGGGGUGUGCACUGUGCACCCUCAGUCCUCACUCUGAGGGGCUCUCACUGCACCCUGAUUUUGGUGCAAAUCCUGCCUCUCAGCCAGUUGGGCCUUUCCAAGGCUCCCCCUCCUUUCGUUCAACAUCAUGGCUUUGAGGAUGGUUUAAAUGGCAGGUGUGCCUGCUUUUGUCUAUGCCUCUGUUUCUAGAACAGUGUAGAGCCUGGGGCAACAUGACCCCUGCUGGGAUUGUAAAGGGACUGUGGGCUUGCAGAGCUGGAGCCAGCUAAGCAGCACGCUUCUGGAAACUCGGCAGUAGCAGUUGCAAGCACAGCGCAUUGCACAGGCCUGAAACGCAGAGGGCACUGUAACACUGAGGGCCUCCUGGCACUUGCCUGAAACCAGCCCAGCAAGAGACAGUGGAGUGACAUCUGUCAAGCAAGAAGGGACCAGCGUUUGGACGUCCUCAGUCCUCCAGCUCUGGGCUGCCCGGGCCAGGGAGGCCCAGGCCAGGCUCCCGCUGAGCUCCUCUCUGGUUCUCCAGCGGGAGUUGCUUCCCCUGACCCACUUGGUGGGUACAAACCCGAGUUCCUGUAGCACCUGGAUGACAUUCCUCCCACAAAGGCCGGAAGGCAACAGGCCCGGGUUCCCACGCGCUGGGAGCAGUCACUGCUGGCACUCCUCAGAGUGGCAUGGAAAUGUGUCACCACCAAGACUGUGUGCUGCCCGAAGCUCCCAGGCCAAACAACACUUACCAGUGCUGUUUCCCUGAGUGUGGCCCUUGCCCACUGGCCAUGUGGACCCUGUGUUCUGGGUGACCGCACGCUAUGUUGACAGGAAGGGGCCCGUGUGCUUCCCCUGCCCUGCAGGUUGUUGUCUUGGGAAGUGGGAGCCACCUUGGCAUCCUUCCCCGCCCCUCACCCCUCUGUUAGCUGUCUCUCCUUCAGGAGGAGGGAAGAGGCAUUAGGGGAUGGAGGUGACUGUGUACUUCCCGUUCUGAAUAAAUGUUUGUUAUUCCUA